CUCUCUCUCUCGUCCUCUUUUUUGGGGUGGGACGGUCCUCUUCUGCUUUCCUCCUUCAAUCUGUUUCCCCGAAUUUCUCCGGAUGAGCUAUUGAGAUGGCGGGGGCGAUUAAGCUGCUCGUUCCCGGGCGCGAGCAGGGGCCCCUUGCAAUCAAUGACCGGAGAUCGGGUUUGUCCGGCGACCGACGGGAGCUGCAGUCUGGAGCGGCAAAUGCGAGCUUCAGAUCGUCAUUCUUGGGCAAUGGAUUUCCCAAGGCGCUUUUUGUUUCGCGUCAACCAUGGAAGGAGCCUUUGAAUAGACCAAAAUCAGGACACUCGGUUUAUAUGACGUUGGUGGACGACAGACUAGCUCGAGUUCAAGAUGUCAGCAGUAGAGCAGCUGAGGUUCUGGCUUAUGAUCUGAUUCAAGGAGCUAAUGUUAGGUGGUCUUCUACAGUUGGUAUAAAAGCUGCCUCAGAUCCUCCAACUGCUGUUCUUCUACAUGGAAUUCUAGGCAGCAGGAAGAAUUGGGGUUCCUUUGCUAGGAGAUUGGCUAGUCAGUUUCCAAUGUGGCAGUUUCUCUUGGUUGAUUUGCGGUGUCAUGGUGAUUCUGCUUCAAUAAAGAAAAAUGCACCUCAUACUGUUGCUUCAACAGCCUUAGAUGUCCUGAAAUUGGUGGGAAAACUGAAAAUAACACCCCGCGUUCUGGUUGGACAUAGCUUUGGUGGUAAAGUUGCCUUGAGCAUGGUGGAUCAAGCUGCCAAACCCCUUGCACGACCUGUUAAGGUUUGGGUUUUGGAUGCAACCCCUGGAAAAGUUCGUCCUGGAGGUGAUGGAGAAGAUCAUCCUGCUGAGUUAAUUUCAUUUCUCAGUAAAAUGCCAAAUAAGGUAUCAUCUAAGCAGGUGGUCAUAAAUGCUCUUGUACAAGAAGGUUUCUCCAAUGAUGUAGCCCAGUGGGUCGCAACAAAUCUCCGGCCAGUUGGACCAUCACCUCUGUCAUCUUCAGGCUUCUCUUGGAUCUUUGACCUUGAGGGUAUUGAAAAGAUGUAUGAGUCAUAUGAAGAAACAAAUCUAUGGAAAAUUGUGGAGGACGUGCCUCGGGGUGUGCAUGUGAACUUCUUGAAAGCUGAGAGGAGCUUGCAUAGAUGGGCCCUUGAAGAUAUUCAGAGAAUACAUGCGGCAGAAGAGAUGGCAGCAGACGAGGGAGCUGGGAUUGAAAUGCAUGUUCUUGAGGAUGCAGGGCAUUGGGUUCAUGCAGACAAUCCUGAUGGGCUCUUCAGAAUACUGUCUUCUUCCUUCCAAGGAGUUAGAACUUAGCAUCUAAACUUACUUCCGAUUCUUUCCGUAGGCAACCUGUCUCUGGGCUUCACAUCUUCUUUCCAAUUUUUUUGCUAAUUGUGCUGUUGUGGUACUUGUUGAGCUUUGUUGGUAGCGAAUGUGUAAUUCCAUCUGCUGUGUUUUACAAGCAAAAUGCUUCGUGUCUGUUGCAUUUUGCAUUGCAUAUAUUGAUCUCAUUGCUCUGGACUCCA